AUGGUGAGGACGAUUGGAUGCCUGCAGGCACGUGGGAAGCUGGUGCUGCUCCCCGUGCUGGUGGUGGCGGUGGCAGUGUGCUCGAUGCCGUUCAUCAGCAGCGUUGUUGGAGAGGUGACGCUGGUGGAGGAUGAUGCGGGUGCGUUUCACAUCAACACGAGCGAUCCCAUGAGCCAAACCGUGUUCGUGAAUGGGGUGAAUGUGCACGAGACGCUCAGCACGCUCAUGAGUACUGUGUCCGUGCAGCAGAGCAUCAACGCCGCGCAGCAAAGCAUGAUCGAUGCACAACAGAGCGCAAUCAAUGCCCAGCAGAGGGCGAUUGAUCGUGUCCGUGGUGAAGUGUGCUUCCCGAGCGCUACGCCGGUUGGCCAGCUUGGUUCACAAGGUGGAAAGUGGUUUGGAGGCGUAUUGGCGAACAACGACCUGAUCUACGCGGCCCCUUGGAACUCCCCUUCUGUGCUCAUCAUCGACCCCAGCACCAACACACUCGACACGACCACGAUCUCCGGACUGGGAACGGACAAAUACAAGUGGGCGGGUGCUGUGUUGGCACACAACGGCCUCAUUUACAUGUUCCCUUCCGACCGGGAGACGAUGCUCAUAAUCGACCCAGACACCAACGCCGUUGACACCACAAGCAUCCAAUCACUUGGCUCAACCAGUUACAAGUGGUACAGUGGCGUGGUGGCAAGCAACGGCCUCAUCUUCGGCAUCCCAUUCUAUGCCACUACCGUGUUGAUCAUCGUGCCAGAGACCAACACAGCCGAUAUCACGACGUUAUCCGGGCUGUCGAGCCAGAACGCAAAAUGGUACGGCGGUGUGCAAGCAGACAAGGGCCUCAUCUAUUGUAUUCCCCUUGCGGCUUCCUCCGUCCUCAUCAUCAAUCCAGAGUCACUGACGAUGGACCUCACUACCAUCAGCAACCUAGGCGUCAACGGCAAGUGGAGGGGCGGCGUGCUUGCAAACAACGGUCUCAUCCACACCAUCCCAGCGCUCUCUGCGACGACACUCGUCAUCAACCCCGCCACGAACGCCACUGAUGAGCUUGUUGUUGCAGAUGUUACAGGCUCUUCAAAAUGGAUUGGCGGUGCGCUAGCACCCAACGGCAACAUCAUCGGGAUCCCAUAUUUUUCGCGGUCUGUCCUCAUCUUCGAUCCAGCCACCAACACCGCUGACACCACAACACUCAGCCAGCUUGAAGCGGGCGGCACAUGGUACAAUGGCGUCCUCGCUCCGAAUGGUCUCGUCUACGGUAUCCCAGCCUCUGCACAGUCUGUCCUCGUCAUCGACCCGGGAUGCUGA